CUCGGUAUGAAAGAUUGCAUUUCGAGGAGGUUAACAUCUUGUCAUGAUUGUCAAAAUUUGCUGUGUCAAUGACUACCGUAGAAAAAAAAUCCGUGCAAAAAUGUGACUGCCCUAAUACUAAGCAUGGUAGAGACGUGAUAGUAAUAACAAUCGAAACCUGCUGCAAACGGCCAUGCGAUGGAUCGGUAACCGACGAUAAAUCUCGACCAAAAUCUGACGAAGAACAAGGACCAAAAUUCACUAGUACACCUGCACGCCAACCCUCAAGAGCAACAACUGCUGUAAGUGAGGAGAAGUUUAUGAAUGAAAGUGGAGCAGAAACAGAACCUGAACAAGUAAGCAAACUAGAACCGGAAAGAGAACCAGAACCACAAAAACAAACAAAACCAGAACCGGAAACUGAUAGUUCAGAACCAACUCUUCAGGAUAAGACUAAACCCGAAAAAGGGCACCAGAAAGUAUAUAAGUUGCCACUCGUGCUUGAAAGGCAUCAUGGGCCCGGAUGUGCUAUGGAAAUCAGCGUGCUAGAAAAGCACGAAGCUUCGUGUAUGUACAAGAAGGAAGAGAGUGAUGGACGAAAUAUUGAAGACAGAGUUGGCAGCUACGAGUGCAUUGGAAGAAUGGUUUUUCGAACGUGUAAUCCAACAGAUCUAGAGUCUGAUUCAAGCGGUCCUACCACUUCUGCUUCGCUUAGUCCAACAAAAAAGGGAAAACCAGCUCCAGCUCCGUCUGCAGACACACAACCUCAGCCCCUUUCACCAAGUCCUAGCGCCCCAGACCAAGUAUCCGCUAUGUCAUCUCAUCCCCACAAAGAACAAUCUACAAUGUCAACCCCGUCUGUAUACAACUCUGCUAAAUCUGAGCAUAGUCAUUACGACACGGCAAGAUCGAGAACUACGUUUUAUGACGUUAAUGAAGAAACAGCAGUUGAGGAAAAACAAGAGCCCGUAGAAGCUUCCAGAAGCAAAAAACAUCUUCAUCGUAACGAACAUCAUGUGCUGAUGGCAACCUCUCGCACGUUUCCGGGAAGUCAUAUGUUUCCAGCGUCGUGGAAAAAAAAUGAGAAGUCACCUUUUAUUGGAGACGACUGUCAGUUGCAACCUCCGAAAAAUCCUAUUUUAGUACCUGGUGGGCAGUUCGAUAAAAUUUAUUCUUCGAAGAAAACAUUUCGGAUUUAUACAGAUGAAGGCAAUCAAACAGACUUUCAUUCUGGAGAUGAAGGAAACAAGAAUUCGAAGAUUUCUCUUAUCGAGACGAUUAGUUCAUUGACGGACUUGUCAAAGUCUGCAGAGAAAAAGAAAUCAAGUUUUUUGAGCUCUUUAUUUCGGAAGAGUUCGACGAAAUCGUCGAGCCUUUCAGAUUCGAAAAAAAUUAAGAAAUAAAAGGGGUUACUCAAAAAUUAAUAAAGCUAGAAGUUGUCGUUUUAUGGGUUUAUUGGAUAUUCUUCGUUAUCUUAUUGUACUGAGGAAGCUUCAUCAACAUAUCCUUCUAAUCAUAUUUCUAUGGAAGGCCCAGGAAAGAUAUAUAGAAAAUUUGGAUAAUAAUUACUGAAAGAUUGUACUAGAGUUGAUUGAAUUGACCUCCUUAAGAUAAGGUUUCUAAAAACUGUUUUUACGUAAAGAUUGCAUCGAAAACAAUUAACUUUUGCUGUACAAACACUUUAAUAUUUCAUGUGGGUACAGAAUGAACACUUGAUUUUUAUCAAUACUAAAACGUAUAUAAGAAAAUAAAGUCACACCAUUUUCAAAAACAUUAGCAAAAUGUUGGGUGCCACAACAGUUCUUGCUCUGUUUUUCUUCAUCGAAAGCAUUUCCGGCCAUGGAAUGCUGAUGGACCCUCCAAAUAGAAGUUCCCUGUGGAGGUUCAACCCAGAUGCACCCGUGAAUUAUGACGAUGAUCAAAACUAUUGUGGAGGCAUGGACGUCCAGUGGGAUCAAUUUGGUGGAAAAUGUGGUGUUUGCGGAGAUCAGUUUAAUAAACCUCAUCCACAAGCCAAUGAAAAUACAGGAAAGUAUGGAAGAGGGAUUAUCGCUAAAGAAUAUACAGCUGGAAGCGUAAUUGAUAUAGAAGUUGUACUUACGACGAAUCAUAUGGGAUAUUUUAAUUUCAGUUUGUGCGUUUUGGAAGACCCUAGUGCACCAGAAUCUGGAGAAGACUGUUUCCAACCAAUCACACUAGGAGAUGGAUCUCCUACUUAUGUUUUGCCUAACAAAGAAGAAGUAGAUCAUGACGUUGUGAACACUACUCUGAAGUUGCCCGAUGGCCUUACUUGUGAAAGAUGUGUUUUGCGUUGGCAUUAUAAUGCGGGGAACAAUUGGGGACAGUGUGAAGACGGAUCUUAUGAUGAAGGUUGUGGUCCUCAAGAAACCUUCCGAUCAUGUGCAGAUAUCGCUAUUCGUUAAGUAGAGUGUAACAAAGAUUUCAAAUAUUUUGUAUUUAAUUAUUGACUGUAGUGGUCUAUCAAUAAAUGUUUUUUUUUUCUGAA